UGAUUACAUGCGCCAGUUCUCAAAAUGGAGAGUCCGAUCCUUCACCCCUUUGCAUUCCUGUACCAAAUCAUUCAAUGGCUUAUUAAUACAAUAUUCUCUCCUGAUCCCCCAGCACCAGGAGAGAAAUUGGGAAGGCCCAAGAUUGCGAUUAUCGGUGCCGGGUUGACGGGUGUUUCUGCUGCUUCGCAUUGUGUUGGUCAUGGAUUCGAUGUUCAGAUUUUCGAGGCUGGUCCUAGGGAACAUCUUGGUGGCAUCUGGAGUGUAUGUUAUUAUUGAAUGUUCACCAAUUGCUAAGAAUAAAUAGCUAAUGAUUGCAUAGAAAGUGAACAAUACUUCCGGUCUCCAAAUCCAUUCUUUGAUGUAUCGAUUCAACCCUUCUGUCAAAUGGAAGGGAGGCUAUCCCAAUCGCGAACAAAUUGUCUCUCAAAUUACGGAACUCUGGAAACGUUACGGCCUUGAAUCAAAAACAAAGUUCAAUACUCCCGUCGAGAAAGUCUACCAAGAUGAAAAGGGACGUUGGGUUAUCAACAAAACAUCCGAGGGAAGAUUCGAUGGGAUCAUCGCCGCAGUAGGAACCUGUGGAGACGCGAAAAUGCCACACAUUACCAAACAGGAGGUCUUCAAAGGCGAAAUAUAUCAUUCUUCAGACCUAGAUGGUAAGCAAGCCAAAGGAAAAUCCAUAAUAGUCAUUGGAGGCGGUGCCAGUGCCGUCGAGGCUCUCGAGUUCGCAUCCCACGAGGAGGCAGAAAAGAUCUACAUCCUAGCAAGAAGCGACAAAUGGAUUAUACCUCGAAACAUGUUUGUAAACAUUGCUCUAUCUCUCAAUAUUUUCGGCGGCCAAACAAUCUUCUCUUGGAUCCCGGAAUUGCUGUUAAAGAAGUUCUUCUAUCGUGACCUUGAGGAUCUCGCUCCAACGCACAAGGGGCUUUUCACUGGAACACCCAUGGUUAACUCGGAUGUUAUGGAUAAAGUCCGUUCUGGAAAGGCCGAAUGGCUAAGAGGUGAUAUCGAGAGUUUCACACAGGACGGAAUCAAAUUCAAUGUCCGAGCAAAAGGCGUUCCUGUCGAUGGGCCAGGAAAGGUGCGAAUUAUCAAGGGCGAUAUUGUGGUUAUGGCUACGGGGUAUGAUCGUCCAUCCUUGAACUUCUUGCCGGACAGUAACUUCGAGGAGCCCUACGCGCCUCCAAAUUGGUACUUGCAGACAUUUCCUCCACAACAUCCAAGUAUUUGCUGUAACAAUUGGUAUGUUCCUCCCUCCAAGAUCAAGAAAGAAAACCAGCUAAUUCAGUACAGUACAUAUGUCAACGCCAUAGGAACAGUCGGAAACUGGCACAUCGGAAUCUACACGCGAAUCCUCCUCAUGUUCCUCUCAGACCCGCUCACUCGACCACGCACCUUCUGGAUGCAACGCUGGAUCGACAUGACGCGAGUGCUCAAGAAGUUCGCGCCCACGAAUGCCUUUGAUUUCUUCACCUAUCUGGAACUCGUGUGGUGGUUCACAUUCUGCAUUGCCAUCAAUCCAUUCCGGUGCAAGUGGGCCUUUUUUGUCUUCUUUGGGAUUGGCCAUGGAUUGCCGAGAAGAGUGGUUGAUGCGGAGGAUAAGUUGAGACAUAGCCUUGGGAUGAAUAAUGGGGAUACUUGUGAUGUCGGGAAAAGCUUUUAG